AUGACUUCGGGCAUGUUCAUGGCGUGGAACGCGCCGGUGAUGCCGCGGCUGCAGCAGAACACGUCGCACAUCGUGCUGACGGCGGACGAGGCGUCGUGGAUCAGCUCGGUGGGGUCGCUGGUGGCCGUGGUGCCCAACUUCUUCACCGGCCCGCUCGUGGGGGCCAUGGGCAGCCGCAAGCUUCUGUUGGCGUCCGCGGUGCCCUUCUUUGUGGCUUCACUCUGGCAGCGCUUCGCCACAUCCUUUGGUGAGCUACUCGCCACCAUCGUCAUCUCGGGAUUCGGCAUCGGCAUUGUCAUUCCGGUGAGCCCGCAGUAUCUGGUGGAGAUUGCAGAGGAUCGCAUACGUGGGCUCAUGGUCUCCAGUUGUGUGGUCAUGAUGGGUAUCGGCAGCAUCCUGAUGAGCAGCGUGGCACCCUACGUGGACUUCUUCACGCUGUGCGAAAUCAUGCUCGCAUUCCCCGUGCUGUUCGUGGUGACCUUCUGGUGGAUGCCCGAGAGCCCGUACUACCUGGUGUCGAAAGGCCGCACGGAGGAGGCGACGGAGGCGCUGAUGCGGCUGCGCGGGAAGGACCAUGCCAAGGAUGUGGAUGGCGAGCUGCAGCAGAUCCUGCGCUCUGCAGAGCAGCGCGACCAAAAGGGCGGCAGCGGCAUCGCAGAGGCGUUCCAGGAGCUGCGGAAAACCUCUGCGGCGAGGAGGGCGCUGCUGGUGGCGCUCAUUUUCGCGGGGCUGAACAUCCUCUGUGGCAGCGCUGCGAUGAGCGUGAACGCGACGCAGAUCUUCCUGUGGAGCGGCAGCUCCAUGGACUCGGACAUAUCCACCAUCAUCAUCAGCUGCAUCCAGGUGGUGUCGUCGAUGGCAGCGUCGCUGCUGGUCGACCGCGUGGGAAGGCGGCCGCUGCUGCUCAUGUCCUUCGUAGGGGCGUCCGUCUUCGUGAUCGCCGAGGGCGUCUAUUUCUACCUCAGGGAGCAGUCUACGACUGACGUCACAGACGCUCUGGGCUGGCUCCCUCUUACCUGCCUCGUCUGCUUCUUCGUCACCUACAACCUGGGCGCCAACGCGCUCACUUGGACCGUGGUGAACGAGUUGGUGCCUUCCUCUAUUCGUGGUCUCGCCAACUCGGCGGUGGCCGUCUGGACGGCACUGCUCACCUUCGCCUGCAUCAAACUCUUCCAGGUGGUCUCUUCUACCCUCGGAACAUACGUUCCGUUCUGGUUCUUCGGAGUGUGCGCCAUUGGGGACUUCGUCUUCACUUUCUUCUUAAUUCCCGAGACGAAAGGCCGCACGCUGGAAGAAAUCAACGCCGAGAUGAGGAGCAAAGCUAUGGGGAACGUAACGACUGAUGGGGAGAAGCCUGACCCCUGA